AUGCCGUUGACCCUCUACCCCUUUUCCUCCCCUUCCCUUCCUACCCCCCCCCUCCCCCCCCCACCUCUCCCUCCCCUUCGCUCCUUCACUCCCUUCACUCCCCGUUCCCCCCUCCCCCUCCCUCUUCCUUUCCCUUCCCCCCACAUCCCCCGUCUCCCUGCCACCGGCAGCGGCACGGAGUGUGAGGUGCCAGCGGUCAUGUGUGCGGACACAGACACCUUCUUCUGUGGCAACGGCGCGCAGUGCGUGGAGAUAGUGCAGGGCGAGCAGUACUCCUCGGGACCAGCUGCGUGUGUCCCAGACAGUGGUCUGGAAACGCCAAUUGCACGCUCUCCCUCUUUGACGGUGCGCUGUGAGGAGAACCAGAGCAUGUGUGAUUCACAGGGAAGGGCGGAGAUGGAGGGAUGGGAAGAGAAAACGGGGGAGAAGGGGGGCAAGCUGCCCUACCACCAGCAGGCAUCACCGUAUGGCUCCCAGGCAGAGGAGGAGGACCAAUCGGUGAGCACCUCUCACUCCCGCCCCUGCCCUUCCUGCCCCCGUCCCUCCUGCCCCUGCCCUUUCUGCCCCUCUCCCUCCUGCCCUUCUCCCUCCCACCUCUUCUCCGUGUGCAUAUCCAUAUCUCAUUGCCCUCUCAUGUCUCUGUUGUAUACCAACUCCUUGCCCUUACCACUUUUCCGCUCGCUCUUCUUCAAUCCCCUCCAUUUCUCCCUCACCCCAGUGGUACGUGCCUGUGCUGGGCGCCUUUGGUGUGCCAGUGGUGCUGUCCUUUCCCUCCUCGCCCUCCAUCCAUCAAUUCUACUUCAAUCCCCUCCAUUUCUCCUUCCCUCACCCCAGUGGUACGUGCCUGUGCUGGGCGCCUUUGGUGCGCUGGUGAUGCUGUCGAUCCUGGGCGUGUGGAUCUACAUCUGCUAUGCGCACCAGGCCAUGUCCUCCUUCUCGCACAUUGCCGACCAGGUAGGGCAUUGA